AUGACCACAAAUGUUAGGGUAGUACAUUGCAUCUAUCUAUCUAUCUAUCUAUCUAUCUAUCUAUCUAUGUCUUUUCAUCUAUCUAUCUAUCUAUCUAUCUAUCUAUCUAUCUAUCUAUCUAUCUAUCUAUGUCUUUUCAUCUAUCUAUCUAUCUAUCUAUCUAUCUGUCUAUCUAUGUCUUUUCAUCUAUCUAUCUAUCUAUCUAUCUAUCUAUGUCUUUUCAUCUAUCUAUCUAUCUAUCUAUGUCUUUUCAUCUAUCUAUCUAUCUAUCUAUCUAUCUAUCUAUCUAUCUAUGUCUUUUCAUCUAUCUAUCUAUCUAUCUAUCUAUCUAUCUUCGUCUUUUCAUUACUAUCUUCGUCUUUUCUUUCUUUCUAUCUAUCUUCGUCUUUUCGUUUCUAUCUAUCUAUCUAUUUAUCUAUCUAUCUAUCUAGAUUAAUAGGUAGAUUCGUCUUUUCUUUCUAUCUUCGUCUUUUCAUUUCUAUCUUCAUCUGUUCAUUUAUAUCUAUCUAUCUAUCUAUCUAUCUAUCUAUCUAUCUAUCUAUCUAUCUCAGUGUGUUUAUAUCUAUCUAUCUAAUUUUAUCUAUCUAUCUAUCUAUCUAUCUAUCUAUCUAUCUAUCUAUCUAUCCCAGUCUGUUCAUAUCUAUCGAUCUAUCUAAGUCUGUUCAUAUCUAUCUAUUUAUCUAA